AUGGCUAGCUAUCCCGAGCCCCCGGAGGACACGGUCCAGAUCCUUCGAGACAUAGCCAACCGCCUGCGGAUCCAUUCCAUCCAGGCCACAUGCGCCUCCAAUUCAGGGUGCAGAUCAGGCCUGUCCCUUCCUGGUCCCACACUGGGGACUGUCUGCAGCGUCGCCCUGGGGGUCUCGAGGCUUUCAUUUGUGGAUGUGGCCACCGGUUCUCUUGGGCAGGGACUUGGUGCUGCCUGUGGAAUGGCUUAUACUGGCAAAUAUUUUGACAAAGCCAGUUACCGGGUGUUCUGCCUCUUGGGAGAUGGGGAGGCCUCAGAAGGCUCUGUCUGGGAAGCUUUGGCUUUUGCCUCUCACUACAAGCUGGACAACCUCGUGGCAAUCUUUGACGUGAACCGUUUGGGACAGAGUGAAGCUGCACCUCUGCAACACUGCACAGAUGCUUAUCGGAAGCGCUGUGAAGCCUUUGGGUGGAACACCUACGUCGUGGAUGGCCAUGAUGUGGAACACCUUUGUGAAGCCUUCUGGAAGGCAGCUCAAGUGAAGAACCAGCCUACUGCCAUAGUCGCCAAGACCUUCAAAGGCCGUGGUAUUCCAAACAUCGAGGAUGCUGAUAACUGGCAUGGCAAGCCUAUGCCAAAGGACAAAAUGGACUCCAUUAUCAAGACCAUUGAAAGCCAGAUACAGACUCAUAAGAAUCUGCCUCCUCACCUACCUGAGGACGAUGUUCCUGAAGUCAAUAUCUCAAAUGUCAAGAUGCCUUCUCUGCCUGCCUACCAAAUAGGGGACAAGGUGGCCACUAGAAAAGCCUAUGGCGCCGCCCUGGCUAAGCUGGGCCAUGCGUGCGAUCGAGUGAUUGCCUUAGAUGGAGACACCAAGAACUCCACUUUUUCCGAGCUCUUUAAGAAGGACCACCCCGAACGCUUCAUUGAGUGCUUUAUUGCUGAGCAGAACAUGGUAAGCGUGGCAUUAGGCUGUGCCACCCGCAACCGGACCAUUGCUUUUGCCAGCACCUUUGCUGCCUUCUUCACCAGAGCUUUUGAUCAUAUCAGGAUGGGGGCCAUCUCUCAGUCUAACAUCAACCUUAGUGGUUCCCACUGUGGGGUCUCCAUCGGUGAAGAUGGGCCAUCCCAGAUGGCACUGGAGGAUCUUGCCAUGUUCAGAACUGUUCCCAAUUGCACAGUUUUCUAUCCAAGUGAUGCUGUCUCUACAGAAUAUGCUGUUCAUUUGGCUGCCAAUACCAAGGGAAUGUGCUUCAUCAGAACUAGCAGACCAGAUACUUCGGUGAUCUAUUCUCCCUUCGAAAACUUUAAGAUUGGACAGGCCAAGGUGAUCUAUCAGAGUGCUGAUGACAAGGCCACAGUUAUUGGAGCUGGAGUUACACUCCAUGAGGCUUUAGCAGCUGCUGCAGAACUCUCAAAAGAAGGUAUUUCCAUCCGCAUAAUUGACCUAUUCACCAUCAAGCCACUGGAUCGUGCCACAAUCCUUUCCAGUGCCAGAGUAACCGAGGGUCGUAUUAUUACAGUAGAGGACCAUUAUAAAGAAGGUGGCAUUGGAGAAGCUGUGUGUGCAGCUGUUUCUGGUAUACCUGGCAUCAGUGUUCAUCAGUUGGCAGUAAAUGGGGUACCACGAAGUGGAAAACCUGGGGAGUUGCUUGAUAUGUUUGGUAUUAGUGCCAAAUAUAUCAUAAAAGCUGUGAAAUCAAUUAUGACCAACUGA